AGCCGGUCUAGACAUUCUUUUCUUCCUUCCAUCUCCGCCCAAUUUGAUCGAUAGAAAAUACAGAGGCCUCAUAAUUUGGAUAUAAUUAUUAGCACCGGCCGCAAUGAAGAUCCAUCAGGUGCCUCGAUGCGAUGCCUCGUCUUCGAAUGAUCUUUCCUGACUGAUCCAUUGAUAAAGCUCGUUACCUAUCCCAUCAAGUCCUUGCGAGGCGUCAACCUCGAGGAAGCCCAAAUCACUCGGACCGGGUUUCCCUAUGACCGGCGGUUUAUGCUUCUGCGUGUCCAUCACGAUGAGCAAACCGUGAGGCGUCUGGAGAAUAUGCAGGUUCCUCAUUUGCCGCAAAUGUCUCUCUUUUAUACGGCCUUGACUUUACCAACCGCGGAUAACCUCAAGGAUGGUUCCAUAACUGUAACGCAUACCUUGCCGGGGGCCGCGCACCCGGAGACAUUGACAGUCCCUUUGAAACCAGAUACAACAGAGCUCUCUCGGAUUGAGGUGACAUUGUGGUCGGUCCCAGCCACCGCAUAUGAAAUGGAACCAUACUACAAUGACUGGUUCUCUAAACACUUUGGGUUUGAAGUAUUACUUGUGUAUUUAGGGUCCAGCAAUCGUUCUACGCUCGGCACAAUGGCACCGCAGCCUACUGGCUGGAGCUCAUGGAUUCCUAAUAUUCCCGGAUUGAGCUCCUUGAGCCCCGGAAAGGAUGUCCUUACCUUUGCUGAUGUUGCACCCUACCACAUCACUUCGACCACUUCGCUGGGUGAUAUCUCAAGGAGGCUUCCGGAUGGCGAGGAGAUGGACAUGGCGCGAUUCCGUCCAAAUAUAGUGGUAUCUGGCGCGCCUUCACCUUUUGAGGAAGACUUUUGGGGUGAAUUGCUAUACCACCCAGCAAACCGCGAUCCCGUAACGAUGAUCCUCACACACAAUUGCGGUCGCUGCAAAAGUGUUAAUGUAGAUUAUUCAAAGGGCCGGCCGGGGGAUGGCCCGCAGGGCCAGAUUCUUAAGCUCAUGAUGAAAGAUCGCCGUGUGGACAAAGGAACUAAAUACAGUCCAGUGUUUGGUCGAUAUGGUUUCAUAGGGAGUUCCCUUGAGCAAAAUACUUUCUUUCGUGUCGGCGACGAAGUAACCAUUGCAAAGCGAAAUGAGAGCCGGUCAACUUUCGACUGGCCCGGACUGACAAAUUGAGCAUACCCACUCCAUCAUCAGCAAGAGUUGAUGGAGAAACCAAAUCAGGAAACAUCAAGUCAAGAUCAUUGCACUGUCAUCAUCUCAGUAUGUGUCAGUGGACAUAUUGAGUCUCAGGUAUAGACGUCAGAUGCCCAGUUUGUAACAGGUGAAGGAGUAGCUUCUGUAGAAUAAUGAUUGAACUUAAAUAUUUAUCACCACAAGCUCUGACCGAAACCCCGAGGACUUGUUUCCUGUGCAUAUUUUGGUGAAAAUGAGAAUUGGAACGAGUGCUGAGGAAUUAGCAAAGCGGAAAAAUAAAAUUAAAACCUCGUAACUCAUCACCGGGAAAAUAAAAUCAAAAUGAAUAGAAAAACUCGAGUGCGC